GGUCGGGCAGGUUCCUUCGCGGAAGGCCUGGGACGGCUGCGUCUGUCCCUGUGCCCUUCCUUCGCCGUGUGGUGGUGUUUCCGCCUCUGUCAGUGCGCCAUCGUGCAGGCACCCGCGUCAUGCAGAGCACUCUGUUUCGUCUUCCUUUUGUUUUAGUUUGCUUACUGUCCCCUUCUUCUGGGGAAAAAAACAAAACCAAAAACGUGUGCUUAUUUCUGAGCAGGGGACGACAGCCAUGCUGCCUCGCUGGCAAGGAGAGCAGAAGAUGGAGAUCCCUGGACGUGCUUUCUAAGAGGACAGCGGUACUAUGAAGAGGAGCAAAUGCUCUUUGAGAUUUUUUCCAACAAGUGCAAGCAGGUGGAGAAACCAUAUUUCAUCAGGAAACCAAGUUUAUUCAAUAAACCUAGUGAAUCCUAUUAUAUUCUUACCCUGUCACAACGGCAGAACAUGUGAGGUCAUUGCGGAAGGCAGAAUGGGGUGAGCGAGUUGUGGGUGAGGUGAUAAGACAGACUGCAGAAUCCUUGGGCUUAUAUUGUCCUGCACAUGCCUUGUUUUUAGUAUGUAUGUUGGGGAAAAAAACAACACUGAAGACAAAAACCAAACCCAUAAAGUAGUAAAGGCAAAAGACUAAAUUUGAAGGGCGGAAGCAGUUGUUUGAACUGUAUGCCCUUCCCCUCUCCUGCAUGAGUUCCAUGUCAAGACAUUGUGGUCCACUGAAGUUCACCAUCAAGUGGAGCUCUCUUGAGUCCGGUGCAUGUUUAUUCUCAGCACGUGUUUCUCCUGCAUUUGCAUAUCACUACUUAUAUUUCGGUGUUUGGUUUUUUUGUACAUACACCUGAAAACGAUAAAACCUUCGAUGGAAGUGCUUCCAUCAUUUCCCAGUGUUCUUGUAGUUGCUAACUCACUCUCCAUUUUCUGCCACUUCAGUAGUUGCGUUUUGUUGUUCUUUUUUGUGAGUGAAAUGCUCCAGUCUGAAAAUCGGCAUGAGGAGAUCGACUGGAGAGGUAAGCUGUACUCCUCAUCUGGUGCACUGUAUCUUCAUCCUUCUUUCCCAGGGGAGGUAUGAAGAAGCAUUCGUACAAUUUGAAAAAAACAAGGACACAGAUUUUCAGGCACUGUAUCAGCUUGGUGUAAUGCAUUACGAUGGACUAGGCACUAAUAAGGACCCUGAAAAGGGAGUGGAAUACAUGAAGAAAAUACUCUACUCUGAUUCCCCAGAUGCAAGACACUUAAGGUUUGCAGCUGCGUACAAUCUUGGCAGAGCACAUUAUGAAGGAUAUGGUGUUAAGCAUUCAACUGAAGAGGCUGAAAGGUUGUGGCUUAUUGCUGCAGACCAUGGGAAUCCAAAAGCAAGCGUGAAGGCCCAGAGUACUUUAGGAAUGCUUUAUUCCAUGCCAGAUCUAAAGGAUCUGAAGAAGGCCUUUUUCUGGCACUCAGAAGCAUGUGGCAACGGAAGCCUGGAAUCACAGGGUGCACUUGGUGUUAUGUAUCUCUAUGGACAAGGUAUACGUCGGAACAGUAAGGCUGCUCUGAAGUGCUUGAAAGCAGCAGCAGAAAGAGGAAACAUCUAUGCUCAAGGCCACCUUGUGGAAUAUUAUUACAGUAGAAGAUUCUUCUCAACAGCUGCUGCCAUAGCCAAAAGGACUACAGAAAAUGACAACAUCGAGAUGCUAGCAACGAUGACUGAUUGUCUCCCUGCAUAUGCAGCCAAAGGGGUUGCUAUAGCUGCCUUCUACCUGGCUAGGUGCCUCCAUCUUGGCCGAGGCACAGAGAAAGAUGAAGCUGCUGCUAAAAAAUACUAUUCUAAGGCUUGCCUUCUGGAUCCCGAUGUUGCUUCUGAGCUUGAACUGAAAGCUAAUCUUGGAAGAAUUUAAGUGUUUCCUUCAGUUCUGGCAGAACAUCACAGGUAACAGCAGCAUACAAGGUCCUUCUGCUCAUCUUCCAUGCAACUGCUCUUCUGAAAGCCUCGGAUUCUCCAAGCAAUGCAGUGAGUGUCUGCUGCUUCUCAGCUAUAAUAAAUCAGUGCGUAACUUAUGGGCGGCUCGGAUGUGUGGAGAUUCUCAUAGGCAAAAGCAGUACUGUAUUUUAAACAGCUUUUUGUUUCUCAGAAUGAUUCGGAUGAUGAAGUGAGUAUGUUUUUUCUGACUUUGCUCAAGAACAAAAAAAGUUACUUGCAGAGAUUAGUACCAUACUACCAUUAUGUGUGCAAAACCACACACCCUGGGCUUUAACUCUGAGUGGAAUUCAACAAUUAAGAAGAUUCUAAAACUAAAAGCCCACUUCUCUGGUU